UUCCCCCUGCAGCGAGAUGUCAACCCGCCCUGCGAAGUGUCCCCUGGAAGCGGAGGCGACGAGGAGAGACGAGGGCUGGAGAGUCUGAACCAGGGACAGAGGAGGGAGGAUGAUUUCUCGGUACAACAGAAGACCCGUGUCCCACAAACUCGAGAUUCGUGGGUUGUCUCGAAGCAGCCUCGACCACCACCCCCUCCCAGAGGAAGCAGACGAUAACCAAACCCCCGAGCGAUACCUCCAUGACCUCCAGGAAGCAGUUUCCACUCACAACAGCUCAGGGACGUCUGCUGCCUCAGGCCACUCUGACUGUCCCACCGUCCUCUCCGUAGACUCAAACCAGUCCUGGUCAGGUUUCCACAGCUCCACAGGCACUGGUGUUUCCACAGAAAGGAGCUCUGUCUUCUCCUGGGGCUACGAUGAGUUCGACAAGGCGGCGUCACGACAAGUGCUGCAAAUGUUUGAGGAGAUCGACAAAGAGCUGUAUGAGGGGAGAGGCAGUGGUGGCGGGAUACUCCAGGGGCUGCAGGAUGAAUGCCAGCAGUGGGCCACACGUUUCCCACAUCUCCGAAUCCUCGGGACUCAGGUGGUGUAUCCCAGUGAUGAGGGCUUCCAGUGGUACGCUACUUCAGAGAAAGACAUCCCCUCCAGCAGCAGCCCAUCAGCAGGCAAAGAGAGCAGUGUGAAGUCACAGGAGAAAGAUAAGGGUGCUACAGAGCUGAACGUGCAGGGCAGGAGAGCGGCGCUGACCUCGUCCUCCUCAGCUCAGUUGGAUCUGGCUCCCUGCACCCCCACUGGCUCCAGCAGUCAGUUCAAGCCGAGGGUGAUCGAAGUGGAGGGUCUGAUGGAGGAAUAUCUGGCUUUCGAUAGCAGGGACAUGGAAGACGAGUGGGAGCAGGAUUAUUCCGGGUCAGGGGGGAGGCAUCACUGUCUACCCCCUGUCUCGCCGUACCGGUGUCGCCACCAAGCUGUUCUCGACCUGCUGUUUGAUGACAUGUGGCAGCAGCUGGUUGGCUGGAUGAAAGAGCUCGUUCAACGCCACUGGGAAUGCUGCACCUCAAACGAUGAGAAGAUUUGCGGCAACAUGAGCCCCGUGCAGCAGGACUCCCUGAACCCCUUCCUGCUGCUCUCCACGCUGCCCACGCUGCUGCCCAAGCUUGGUCAGAGCAGAGUGCCCCCCCUCACAGCUGGACUGCAGUUCCAGGCUGGACGGGUUCCAGUUGGAGCAGUGGCGACCCAGCACAACCUGAACGACCUCAUCGUGAUCCACAGCAUCCCCCUGCAGCAGAGGAACCUGGGGGCGCUGGAAAGAAACCAGGAGGCAGAGGAUCAGGCAUCCCACAGAUCGGGCUCCAGCGUGAUCCCCUCCAACAAACCUCGCCCUCGCCGAAUCCUGGAGCAGAGCUCUUCCUCGCUGUCCCGCCCGGCACAGUCAGCUCGGCGUCGAAACCCUCACCCCCGGACUCUCCUGCCGCUGGUCCCCAGUCUGAGUCAGUCCUGCACAGCGGGAUCCAUGGAUGAGGUCAUCCGUGGGACACGUCUAACCACAGCCAGUGACCGGCUGUCGUCUCCAUUGUUGCCUCUGAGCAGAAACACUCUCCUUCCCCCCAUCAGCACCGGAGACCCAGAUUCAACUCACUCAGGGCUGCAGUCCAAACCUGCACAGCGUCAGAAAGGUGCAUCCAGCCGCGCACACAGUGCUAUAAAUGACGAAGCUGGCAGUUCAAUGCCGAGGGAUCGUCACCACCUGUUGGACGUCUUCUCUCGCCCCAACACAACUCACACAUACAGGUCGGACACUCCAUACCGUCGCUCCUUCACAGUGUUGGACAACAUCGGGCAGGGGCGGACAGGCAGAGCCUCAGUGGCCACAGAUUCUCUUGGAAUUGGCGUAACCGGAGUCAGUCUUGGCAUCAGCAGCUCCUCUUUCCUGGACUCGUUUUCCCACCAUCACAUGGGGCACUCGCCCAUCAAAGACGAAGAGGAGCCAGACCCACAAGCCCCUGUCCCAGCGCCACUGGUGCCUUUGUCAGUCCCACCUCGGUCUUACACCCGGGGAGGCGUCUCAUCCAGAGCCAGCAGACACGGCUUGUAGUUUGCCUCCGACCUCCGGAACCUUCAGCCAUUCAUCUUUAUACAGCACAACAGAGACACACUAUACAGCAUCUGUGCCCACUAAACAUGUUUAUGUCUCACUGAAGUAGCAUAUUUUUUUUUCAUAGUAUGCUGCUUUGGUGAGGUUUUUGUCAGAGGACUAUUUUUGUAUUUCAGAAAUCAUCUUAUUUGGCUGCCAAACGCAAAUGACUCCACAGUAACUCCAUCUUCACGUACAGCACUCGAGCUGUACGUGCAGACAUUCGUACAAUGUGAUUGUGUAUAUACAUCUAAUUAUAUGUGAAUGUACUGUAUAUUAUCCUCUGCAGUGUGUUGUUGUACUGGUACGUGACUAUGCAGGGAAUAACACAUCCAUCAGAACAGGGACAGAGGGAUUAAAGAAAAAAAGCACUUUUUGCCUCUCUGAUGCAACAUCAGAGAGUUUGGUACCGUGUCUUUUAUAAGGACAUCAUUUUCAUUCAACUUGUUACAAAAACAAAAAAUAUAUGGACCCAAAGCCUCGUUGCAUUUGGUUGCACACAGGAACGAACAAAAAAGAAGCCACCGUGAAAGUUUUCGGUUUGCCUUUCACUCCAUUACAGCUCAACUCUGAUCACAGAGCAGAAGGAAUGUGCUGGAGUGAAAAGCACGUCCCAGCUUCACCUCAAGAUAAUGUAGGAAUACAAGUUGCAGCAAACGGUUUGUAAAUAACUAAGAGAAUGAAAUCAUGUCUGUUCAAAACACUAUGUGAUGUAUGUGUCUUUAUCUCCUGAUUAAAGCCAAGUGGGGUGUUUUGUCAGACAACAUCAGGGCUACUGCACAAAUGGUAGUUUUCAUUAUUAUUAUGAUUAUAAUAUAUUCGACAGCCAUGAUACAAAGGUGACAAAGCUUGAAAAACAAUGUUUUUCUUCAGUAUGUUUAUCUCCAUUUUGUACAAAACAAUAAAA